AUGGUUCAGGGUGGCGAUGAAUGUGUCGAUGGCAAGUUGCCUGCCCUGGCAGAGGACUUUGAUCCUAUGCCUGAGCAUGAUCGCCUCCCGUACCUCACCUCGCGUAUGAACCUUGGCGCUGACGUUCCCCAGACACCUCUUCAGGGCAAUGGAAAUGGAGGUAUCACCCCCACGGGUGCAUUUGAUCCUUUUGUGACUACCCCAGCUCCCAUGACUCCUGGUGCCGUUGGUCCUGUUUCUGCCAAUCCUUAUUCCCACGACCCUACUGGCGCGAUGGGAGGCGCCUUCUUUGCAAACCAGACUGGAUUCCAGCAGCCGAUUCAGUACCAUCUUUAUGCCCCAAUUGGCCCUCACAGCCAGAACACUUUGGGAUACCAGCGCAACGUGCAUGAUCUCUUUAUCCCUAACGACUUGCGCGAAGAACUGCAGAAGAAAUCCGCAGCUACUCUGCAAACUCUCCCUAACACUCAACUUCCUGCCCAGGUGGACUAUUUCCACUCCCUUGUCCCCUUGGAUCUCAGUCAUCAGAAGAAUGCUGCGACCUUCGGCUAUCCAAGCUGGAUCUACAAAGCUCAGUCUAGCAAAGAUGGCACCUUUUAUGCUCUUCGCAGACUUGAGGGUUUCCGCUUGACCAAUGAAAAGGCUAUUCGUUCUGUGCAAGCCUGGAAGCGCGUCUGCAAUGCCAGUGUGGUGACUAUUCACGACGCGUUCACCAGCCGCAGCUUCCAAGACAGCUCUUUGAUUUUUGUGACCGACUAUCACCCACUGUCCAAGACACUUGCAGACCAACAUUUGAGUGCUGCAACCGGGCGCUACCCAAGCCGUCCCAAUUCCCCUAUCCCUGAGCAAAUCCUCUGGGGAUACAUGACCCAGAUUGCCAAUGGGCUCAAAGCAAUUCAUGCUAGUGGUCUUGCCGCCCGAGUGCUCGAGCCUAGCAAGGUCUUGAUUACUGCCAAGACCCGGAUUCGCAUCAACGCCUGUGCUAUUCUUGACGUGGUGCAGUUCGAUACCCAGCGCACCAUGGCUGACCUCCAGCGACAAGAUCUGGUGAACUUUGGCCAAAUGAUUGUCACCCUUGGUGCCAAUUCGCCCGCUCUCGUCCACAACCCAACUAAAGCUAUGGAGCAUUUCACUCGCGCUUACAGCCCUCAGUUGAAGAACUCCGUGUUCUGGCUGUUGAAUGGGAUGCAGAAGGAUCAGGAGCGAACCAUCGACACUUUUAUCACCGGGAUUUCAUCUCAGCUGAUGUCAACUUUUGAUUCGGCACUCCACCUGGAUGAUCAGCUGACCUCUGAUCUCGGCCGUGAGCUGGAAAAUGGACGACUUGUUCGCAUGUUCGCCAAACUCGGGCUCAUCAAUGAACGUCCUGAAUACGAACUUGACCAGCGCUGGUCGGAGAGCGGAGAACGCUACUUCUUGAAGCUUUUCCGCGAUUACGUCUUCCACUCGGUGGAUAGCCAAGGCGACGCGGUGACUGAUCUUGCCCAUAUUAUCACUUGUAUGAACAAGCUUGAUGCGGGAAGUGAAGAAAAGAUCCAUUUGGUCAGUCGCGAUGAGCAGAGCUGCUUCAUUGUCAGCUACAAGGAGGUCAAGAAAGCUCUUGAGUCUUCCUUCCAGGCUCUGUCGAAGCCGGCUAGACGAAUGCACUAG